AUUUAUACUUAUUUAUAUAUAUCUCCACCUAACUAGUUUUUUUUUAUUUUUGGGUAAGAAAGUUGAGAUUUUGAAGGUGUUUUACGCAUUCAAAAUCUCAAAAACCAGUAAAGAUCGAAACUUUUAGUGUUUUAAAACUCUGGGUGGAUUUUUCAGUUUAGUAAAAGAAGAAUGAUUUUGCCAUGCAAGGGGUUAAUUAUUGCGUGGAAAUAUUGUUUGGUGCUGGAGAAACUGCGUGUUGAGAAAAGUUUCUAUUUUUGGAUAUUUCAAAUCUUCAAUAGGUACAGUUUGGGCACUUAGAUUUGCAAACUUUGCAAUAUUUUGCCUUUUUUCUUUAAAAUUUUGGCUUUUGGGGAUUCUGGGUGUUUCCAAGAUCUAGCUUCUUUUUCUUUUCUUUUUCUUCAAUUUGAACUCUUUCGGAAAAAAAAAAAAAAAAAAAACUCUUUUGAAAAGUAAAAAAAUAAAAUAAAAAUCAAAUAUGAGUUCGAUGACACUCCCUCCUGGUUUUCGAUUCCAUCCAACCGACGACGAGUUGGUCGGAUAUUACUUAAAACGGAAAGUAGAUGGGCUGAAGAUCGAGCUCGAAGUCAUUCCGGUGAUCGAUUUAUACAAGUUUGAACCCUGGGAGUUACCAGACAAAUCAUUCCUCCCGAAAAAAGAUAUGGAGUGGUUUUUCUUCUGUCCGCGAGACCGUAAAUACCCAAAUGGCUCCCGCACAAACAGAGCUACAUUGUCUGGAUAUUGGAAAGCAACUGGAAAAGACCGCAAAAUUGCAUGCGAAAAUUCUAUUUAUGGCCUCAGGAAAACCCUAGUUUUUUAUCGGGGAAGGGCUCCUGGGGGCGAAAGAACUGAUUGGAUCAUGCAUGAAUACCGCCUCUGUGAAGAUCUCUCUCAAGGAUCCUCAAAUUUUCUGGGAGCAUUUGCUUUGUGCCAUAUAGUGAAGAGAAAUGAUCAUGGACAAAAAGGAGGCGGUUUCUGUGGAGAAUUCAGAGCUAAAAAAUACCCAAAAGAGUGCCACAGUAAUGCCUCAAGUAGCUCAGAAGAAAAUUCAAUUCACGUAACAGAUCAAUCAAGCAUCAGUAACGGCUCAACCCCUAUCACCGCUAGUCCACAAAUUCAGAGGGAAACUGACCUACCGCCGGUAGCAGCAGGCAUUGAUCAAAAUGACUACGGGACCCCACAUCCUACUUCAGAUCCCCCAAAGAAAGAAGGCGUUUCUCAGCAUGUGGUUUCCAGUUUGGAAGAACAGUACAUGCUUUGGAAUCAUUCUCAUGUGUCCUCUCUCAACUUCACAGAGAAUGCUUAUUUUAGCAAUGAACUUCAUGGUAAUGGAGACCUACCAUCUUUCUCGAGUCCUGUACAUUGCAUAGACAUGUACAGUACUAUGGGGGACUUCUCACAUAAUAGCUUCGAUUGCAACACUCUACGGUAUUCGGAUGCAUCUUCUAAUGGUAAUGAGACUUGGAACUCUUUGGUUGCUCCAGCUAUCUGCAGGCAAGCGAGUGAAGGAGAGGAAGCCCAUUUGUGGCUGCAGGAAGAUACUAUGGUUUUUGUGAUUUGAAUGUGUGCAUUGCUUAAUUUGCUUGGAUGGCUGCAAGGCUUCGCCGUAACCAUUAAAGAUAUAGUUAAAAUGGUUAGUUAAGAUAUAUAGUUGGUAGUGUAUGGCCUCUUGAGACAGCGCCUUUUAGUGUUUGUUCUCUUGGGGUAUAUGAAGAAUAAAGUAACUCCAGAGCAACCCCUUUUAAUGUAUGGUUUUGGAGACCUAGCCUAUUAUAGUUUUGCAAGUAUCUUUGAAGUUGUGCAGCUAGUAUUUUAUUGUGCUGCUUGCAAUGUUGUGUAAUAGUAUGUGUUAUGUAUACAUGCUUGCAAUAUCUAUCUUAUGGUUUGAGAAUGAAGUGACUUUAA